AUGAGAGUGCUCACAGAUACUGCCGACCAGUGCGUUCAACUGGAAGUGCAAGGCAAACAGAAAAACGUAAACAGGCUAAGAAAUGGAAUAAGAACGAUGACACCAGAUGUCGUAACGAUGUCGUUUAGGCUGAUGAAACCUUGCAGGAAGCUCUUUGAAAAAAGUGGCACACUUGCUGGCAUCCAGAAAAAUGACGAUGUACGGAUUCAUCGAGUCUUAGUUAAAGCCGACGAUCAAUCAGUAAAUGUAGUGCGUAUGAAAUGGAAGAUAUCAUCGCUGAAUGAAAAAAAUAUAAUUAAGGCGCUGGGACAUAUUGUCGAUAGAGUCUGCCAGCAAAUUGAUUGCCAGUUUUUUGAAAAAGAACUUCUUAUGAAACGCUCUUUGGAACUUAAUGAAAAUCUGUUUACAGCAGAAAGUUUCGAGAAAGAUUUCUUACAAGAACCAUUCAUAAAAACUGAUCUAUCGAAGUACACGCCUAAGAUCAAUGAACUUAACAGAAGAGGCUUUGAGUACUGCAAACGUAUGCUCAAGUUGAUUCAGUGUUUUCAUGAAUUCCCAUAUAUGAAAGAAUAUCUGAGCAGUCAUCUGAAUAGCAAUGACUGUUUGUCACGCCAUGUCAAAAAAAUAGAAAGAAGGAACAUGUAUCUUUCUCUCUCUAGGGGUACAGAAUUUUUACGAACUAUUGGAGAAUUUUCCAAAGCAAAUGGCUUGAACGUAAGCGUAAUAUCCAACGAGGGAAUGGUAAUCAGUGGUGACGUCAACAUUCUUCUCAAUGCUUUUCAGUCAUUUGUUAUGGACUCGUGUAAGAUACGUACGCACGUCUAUACGACUGACGGCUGUCAGUGCCACUUCGACCAACGCAUUGUCCUUUAUAAACAAGAAGAGAAUGCAAAAUCAGGGCCUACCUUGCUUCUCCUUGAAAAGCAUUCGAAAUCCUUGUCAGACGAAGCAAGAUCUCAGUUCGAUAGGUCAAUUACACACAGAAACAGUUUAGUAAAUGCCAAUGAUCUCAGAAACCACGCAAACUUAGUGUCAACAAUCAGUAGAAAAUACGAAUUUCCCGGUGGAUAA